CUCCUCUUUCCAAACGAUGCACGCUCAGGACCAGCCAUUAUGGUUCUGCUAUCUUAUAUUCUUUUGCUACGCAAUUGCCAAGGAUAUUUUCCCUACUGCACCACGUGUACAACUGUCAUUUAGAGAGUUGAAGUCUUCAGGUACUGCUCAUUUUCUGAGCUUCUUUCUGAACACUUCAGAUUAUCGUAUUCUGCUGAAGGACGAGGAUCAUGAUCGGAUGUAUGUGGGGAGCAAAGAUUUCAUCCUAUCCCUGGACCUUCAAGACAUCAAUCGCGAGCCCCUAAUUAUUCACUGGCCAGCAUCUCAGCAGAGUAUAGAAGAUUGUGUGUUGUCUGGAAAAGAUAGCAAUGGGGAAUGUGGUAAUUUUAUUCGUCUGAUUCAGCCCUGGAACAGGACUCAUCUAUAUGUGUGUGGAACAGGAGCAUACAACCCAGUGUGCACAUAUAUCAACCGUGGGCGCAGAGCGCAGGAUUAUAUCUUUUACUUAGAACCAGAUCGAGUAGAGUCGGGGAAAGGAAAAUGUGCCUAUGACCCCAAACUGGACAGCGUAUCUGCUCUCAUAAAUGAAGAACUGUACUCUGGAGUAUAUAUUGAUUUUAUGGGCACAGAUGCUGCCGUUUUUCGAGCAAUGGGCAAACAGGCAGCCAUGAGAACCGACCAAUAUAAUUCCCGCUGGCUUAAUGACCCAACAUUUGUCCAUGUGCAGCUGAUUCCGGACAGUGCAGAAUGAAAUGAUGACAAACUGUAUUUCUUCUUCCGAGAGAAAUCCACAGACGCCCCACACAGUCCUACUAUAUACUCCCGCAUAGGAAGAGUCUGCUUGAAUGAUGAUGGAGGUCACUGCUGCCUGGUUAAUAAAUGGAGCACAUUCCUGAAAGCUCGUCUCAUCUGCUCAGUACCUGGUGCUGAUGGAAUUGAGACUCACUUCGAUGAACUGCAGGAUGUCUUCAUUCAGCAGACACAGGACAAGUUCAACAAAAACCCAGUUAUCUAUGCAGUCUUCUCUUCAUCUGGUUCUGUAUUUAGGGGCUCAGCUGUGUGUGUAUACUCUAUGGCGGACAUACGCAUGGUAUUUAAUGGGCCAUUUGCUCACAAAGAAGGUCCCAACUACCAGUGGAUGCCUUAUACAGGGAAGAUUCCAUAUCCUCGGCCUGGCACGUGUCCAGGUGGCACCUUUACACCCUCCAUGAAGUCCACUAAGGAUUAUCCUGAUGAAGUAAUAAACUUCAUGCGCACUCACCCGAUGAUGUACAACCCUGUAUAUCCUGUCCAUCGACAGCCACUGCUUGUCAGAACCAAUGUCAACUACAAGUUUACUACCAUUGCUGUAGACCAGGUGGAUGCAUCUGAUGGCCGCUAUGAAGUUCUCUUUCUUGGCACAGAUCAGGGCACCGUGCAGAAGGUAAUUGUUCUACCUAAAGAUGAUAUGGAAACAGAGGAGCUUAUCUUGGAGGAGGUGGAAGUCUUUAAGGUACCAGCAUCUAUCAAAAGCAUGAAGAUUUCAUCAAAGAGAGUACAACAGCUGUAUGUGUCAUCCAUGUCUGGGGUGACGCACCUCGCUCUCCAUCGAUGCGAUGUAUAUGGAGAAGCGUGUGCAGAUUGUUGCCUUGCUAGGGACCCUUACUGUGCCUGGGAUGGAAAAACAUGCUCCCGUUAUUCAGCCUCCUCCAAAAGACGCAGCCGGCGCCAGGAUGUAAGACACGGCAAUCCCAUGAGGCAGUGCAGAGGGUACAACUCGAAUGGGAGUAAAAAUGGAGUGGAUGCCGUGCAGUAUGGGGUAGAGGGAAGUUCAGCAUUUCUGGAAUGUCCGCCUCGAUCCCCCCAGGCCUCAAUCAAGUGGAUACUACAGAAGGAUAACACAGACCGUAAAAAGGAGCUUCGCUCUGAAGGUCGUUUCCUCAAGACAGAUCAGGGGCUUCUCCUGCGGUCACUACAACUGUCUGACGCUGGUGUUUACCACUGCACGGCUACAGAGAACAACUUAAAGCACACUGUAAUGCGUGUCCGGCUUCAUGUGCUAAGUGCUGACGCUGUUACAGCCGCUCUUCUACAGCCUGAGCCGCCUGCUGCUCUUGAAACCAACCCUGCUGGACCUCCUGGAGCUUAUGAUGAUUUGGUUCAACUCCUUUCCCAGCCAGAGAUGGGACUCAUCAAUCAAUAUUGCCAGGGCUACUGGCGCCCCACAGGCUCUGCUCAGAGUGAUGCCAAGGACUUGCAAGAACAGAAACGAGCUAGGAACCGAAGAAACCAUCCACCCACAGAAGAGCUUCAGACAUGAAAUGGGAUAAAAACAGGACUUGUUUCCCACUGUCCAAUCGCCCUCUAGAUUGCUCUACCACCCACAAACUGGCCCUUAUUUUAUUUUUCCCCCAUCUCCUUUUUUUAAUAUUAAGACAAAAAACGGAUAUAAAUAUAU